AUACUUGUAUGAGAGCAUGACCGGCAUGACGGGCAUGACGACGUAAAAGCGGUAAAAGCUAUCAAGAUGGCGGAGGGAAGCGUGUCGUCUGAAAGUAGCGGUCUGUUUCCAAGUUUAUUUCUCGAAAUUAUCAGAAGUCCUCUUAAUAUUGCACUUCUCGGCGUAAUUACAUUAUUGGUGUAUAAGAUUGUGAAAAGUCGACAAAAUAUUCCUGAGCCUAUUCCACCGGAACCAGAACUUCCUAAGUUAAGGAAGGAUUUUACUGUGGAAGAACUCAAGAAAUACGAUGGAAAGGGGCCAGACGGCAGAAUUCUUGUUGCUGUCAACGGGAAAGUGUUUGAUGUAACAAAAGGCAAACGAUUUUAUGGGCAAGGGGGCCCAUACUCUGCAUUCGGUGGACGCGACGCAUCACGAGGUUUGGCGACGUUUUCAGUCGUGAGCGCGAAGGAUGAGUAUGACGAUUUGAGUGAUCUAAAUACGAUGGAAAUGGACUCAGUCCGAGAAUGGGAAAUGCAGUUCAAAGAUAAAUAUGAUUAUGUUGGUCGGUUGCUGAAACCUGGAGAGGAGCCGAAUAAUUACUCUGAUGAGGAAGAAGAAGGGAGUCAGCAGGAAUCUGCAGAAAAAUCCAAAGAUGAGUGAAAUUUAGAAGUCACGACAUCUGUCACCCAAGAAGAAGGAAGGGGCUUUGCUAUGUAUGACUUGUUGAUUUGGCAGCAGCUGUUAGUUCUGAUGAGCCUUUUGAAGCUCUACAGAAAUGGACUCUUAGCUAUCUCUUACUUUGGUAUAAGUCCAGGUCUUGCUGUAGUAUUGUGAUGUUACUUUUUCUUAUCUGGGGACUAUUCAUAUUAUGCUGAUAUCUGCUACCAGCUUUGCAAAGCAGGGGGAAGGGUGACUUAUGGUAAUUUUUUAAGUGUACAUACAAUGAUGAUGACACAGUUUUGUAUACAUCUAAAGUUUCCAGCCCGUACACUUUUAAUCCUAAUAUAAAAUGUAUCUCCUACAUUAUAAGCAAAAUAUUUAUAUUUUCAUUGCAACCUUGGAGAGCAGAUGAAAAGAAAAAAGAUUUACCAUAAAUUAGAAUUGAUUUAUAAUAUUUCAGUAAGGAGUAAUAUGUUUAAAUCUUUUUGCCAUUAUAAUUUUCUGUGUUGCAAUUGUACGACUUGUUUUUAGAGCAGUGAACAUCUGCUCAUUAUCUGAAUAAAUAUAAAACUGUAUGGUGAAGGUAGAAUAGUAUUGUAUCAAAAGAUUAUGUUCCAGCUUUAAUAAUUACAGUCUCAUUUCAUCUAUUGCUACACAUACUUUGAAAUCGAGUUAAAAUGUUAAACUGGUCUCAUCUCUUAUUUAAACAACUUAGAUUGUAGGAAUGAAAUGCAUAUCACCUUUAAGGAUAUAUGUGUUAAAAUGCAGUUUAUAAUUAUAAAUAUUGACAGUUGCAUUUCACAUUCUGAGCUCUAAACUCUUCAGUAAAAUUGAGUUUAAAAUAUUUAAAUUGUAAGGUACUUAAUAGAACUAUAAAUUUUGUUGACAGGGUUCUGUGUAAUUUCAGAAAUACUGUUCUUAUUCUCUGAAGAAAUGGAGUGGUUGGAAUGCAGUAAUUUAGUUGCUUACGUAGAUUUUAAUGUGUAUGACCCGCAUAGAAAUGUUAAUAAACAACAAAAUUUCUUUCCUCACAUAGAAACAGAUAUAAGUAACAUGCAAAAGCAGGCCAUACACACGUUUUUAUCUGUGAACUUUUCCCUAGCUUAAUAGUUUGUGGUUAAAGCUGGUGAUGGAUAAAAGCCUGUGUCUGCCAGUAAUGUGAAAUAGGGAUCCAGAGAAAAAACGCAUAACACCCCAGAUUUAAUGUGCUUAAAGCCUCUUCUUAGUGAGAGGAAAACUGUGAAGAAGUCUGCAGGUCUACUCAGGAGAAAAGUCUUGCUUUGGCUAAAAGCUUGACUGCAGUUUUUUCAUCAAGGAAAUGAUUUAUUCACAAGAGAAAACCCAGGCCAUAUGCUAUGCAAUAGUGUAUGUUAAUAGUAUUUCAUUAAUGAGUACAUCUGAUUACCAUUUAAAAUUGGUUAAAAGUUGGAUGUGUGAAAAGAAAAAUGUAUUCAUGUGGCUGUUAGAAUAGAAAAAAAGAACCUCACUACUAGAGCUCACCACAAAUAUAACCCACGUGUGUAUGUGUGGAGAGCAGGAGUCAAACUAUGGCUAAAAUGCCUGAAACAUGUUUGAAUGGAUCCAGACUGCUGCAGCAUCUGCACAUACACAAAGUUAUCCUCACGGAUCAGGACUGAGAGUCAAGUCCUGUCAAUGAAACUCUUCAUGUAUGGCUGCAAGUUUGCAUCAGGUCAGAAUGUGGAUCAUGGAGUAUUGAUUCCACUAUACUGUUCAUUUCAGGUGUGAAGUUGGUCUGUGUGAAGUGGACGAUCAGCUUAAAUGGUAACCUUACACACACACAUGUAUGUAUGUUAUGUGACACUAUCGACAGGCUGUGAUGCAGCAUGACCCCUAGAUAAGUUCAGAGGUUCUAAUAACGAUUUACAUGGAACAUCCCUUAAUUCCAUAUCUGUUAUAGAUAAACCUGCAGUAUGACCAUCAAGGGACUGUAGAGGAAAGUUAUGUCUUACUGUAUUUCGUAUAUUAACAAUCUAAGUUACAGUUUUGUAAUGUAACCUUUGGUUUGUUGUGUAAUUAUUGAUUUUUUCUUCAGUUCUGCCACUCUGAAUUUCCUCCUUUUUGUGUGUGUGUAAUGUCUCAUAAGGCAGGACAAAAAGAUAGUUAUAAAAACAAUUACUUUUGUAAUUUUAUUUAAACAGCAAAUGUUUUUGGUGGUACAAGCCAGAUACAUAGAACUAGUGUCACCUUGACAAGCACUUUUUUGUGUGAAAGCUUCUGUACGUCCAAACCCAGAGAUUCUUUCCAUAACAUAUGAUGUUUAAUAUAUAUUAAUGGCUACACACUGGUAGUCAUGCCACCUACCUUUCUAAGAAAAGACAGUAGAUUACAGAAUGUAUAAGUGAUCCUAUGACCUUUGGAUGUAUUGUUCAAGUUACAUGGCAAGAAGCAUAAAAACUGCCACUGAAAUUUCUGAAUCCAAGGAUCAUGAACCAUGUAGGUUUAGUUUCUGUCUGCCUCCAUUUUGUUAAUAUAUGCUAAUGGCCUUCAGGUAUGUUUUAGCAGUUGCAGGACCCAACAUUUCCUUCUUUUAACCUUCUGGACAUGGGACUGGUAGUCAGCUCAAAUUUAGAAUGGUAGUUUUAAAUUCUAAUUGCAACAUGCUAUAAAAAGUCUCAGUUGUUUAUGAGUUUCAGUAAAACAAAAUUUAUGACAUAAUGAACACGUCAUCCAAUAGAAAUAUAUAAUCUUUUUUAUGUGAAUUUCAUGGAUUUAUUUGCACCAGAUUAGUUUUAUUGUUAAACAGAAACUUGUUGCACAGUACUUACAUAAACAUUAUUAUAUCCCACGUUGAUGUCUUGGGAGCCUCGAUGUCUCACACUCCUAUGGGCUUUCAUGGCCUGUUGCAGGGACAGUUUUUUUUUUUUUUCCAUUACUUUGAUGCCUGGCCAAGCUGCACUUGCAGUUCCAUCCCACAUUCCAUUCGCCCCUAAUUAUGAUUUGCAUAUUGCUUCUUGGACUGUAGAAUUUUAUUUGCAAAA